UGACUACUAAAUCAUGCACUGGUACCAAGACAGUCAGUCAGUUCACAGAUUUAGAACUAGGCUAUUAAUGGCAGGGAAAGGACAACGCCUCUAGAUGUGUUUAGCAAACUGGCUGUUUUCCGGGAUUCAACCAGACCGCAGCUGGCUGUUUGUCACAACAAAGAUGGAGGAGAAGCUAGCUAGCUAGCACUGUACAUCCGCCGAGGACCUUAGUUAAAACACAAUUGACCCGUUUUUUUUCUUCUGAUUGUGUUUUUUUAUAUCGUGAUUUCAAGAUGGAUACUUUCGUAUUUCCCGAAGAUGUCGUUGAAAAAAAGGUUUCCAUCGUUGGAUCGGAACUCGUGGAGAAUUACACUGUGUACAUCAUUGAGGUGACAGUCGGGGAUCACAAAUGGACCAUCAAGCAUCGCUACAGUGAUUUCCAUGACUUGCAUGAGAAACUGACAGCCGAGAAGAAGAUAGAGAAACAUUUACUGCCGCCUAAGAAGAUGAUCGGUAAAAACUCAAAAAGCCUGGUAGAGAAACGUCAGAAGGAACUGGAAGUCUACCUACAAACACUGCUGGUCAGAUUCCCUACAGCUGCCCCUAAAGUUCUCUCCUGCUUUCUGCACUUCCACCAAUAUGAAAUGAAUGGAAUCACAGCCGCUCUGGCAGAGGAGCUGUUCCACAAGGGAGAGCAGAUGCUGGUGGCUGGUGAGGUGUUCACGUUGUGUCCCCUUCAGCUUUAUGCCAUCACUCAGCAGCUGAAGCUGGCCAAGCCUACCUGCUUUAAUGGUGACGCCAAGGCAGAUCUGGGACACAUCCUGGACUUCACGUGCAGACUCAAAUACCUCAAGAUCACAGGCACCAGAGGAGAGGUGGGGACCAGUAACAUCCAGGAAGACAGCCUCACCUUUGACCUUUCAGUCUUUAAAUCUCUCCUACAGAUAGAGAUAAGUGACUGUAACUCGUCCAAGAUCAUGGGGCUGCCUUCUCUGAAACCCUGUCUAGUCACUCUGAGUGUCCACCACUCUGCAGCAUCCAUGAUGGAUGUGCUGGUUCCUGAGGCAUGCGAGUCCCCUCAGUGGGUUGCAGAGGGAGCGACUACAGACUGUCCCGUCACCACCAUCAUCCCUACCUGGAAGACUCUCACCACCCUGGACAUGAGCCACAACCACAUAGGCUGCAUAGACAACUCAGUGAAAUUGAUACCAAAAGUAGAGUUAUUGGAUCUUAGUUCCAACGAGCUCUCUAUGGUGGAGAACCUUCAGCACCUGUACAAUCUGAUCCACCUGGACCUUUCUUUCAACAUUCUGACCGUGUUAGAGGGGGCCCACACUAAACUGGGCAACAUCAAGACCCUCAACCUGGCAGGCAACCAGCUAGACAGUCUCGCAGGCCUCACUAAACUAUACUCUCUGGUCAACCUGGACCUCAGCUCCAACAAACUGGGACAGCUUGAGGAGAUCAGGUACAUAGGAGCGCUGCCCUGCCUGGAGAGGCUGAGCCUGUUUAACAACCCCAUGUGUAUCAUCCCUGACUACAGAACCAAGGUGCUGGCUCAGUUCUGGGACCGCGCCUCAGAGGUAUGCUUGGACAGCACUGCACCGACAGAGAAAGAGCUGGACACUGUAGAGGUGUUGAAAGCUAUUCAGAAAGCCAAAGAAGCUAAAGACCGAAUGACCAACAACGAAAAGAAGAUCAGUGAGGACUCCAGGCUGUCUGGGGGUGGAUCCUCCUCCUCCUCCUCCUCCUCUUCCUCUGUCGCUGCCGCCUCUUCCUCCUCCUCCUCCUCUUCCUCUCUCCUCUGCUCAGCCCCAGCCCCAGCCUGCUCCAGCCAAGAAGUGAUAUGUGAAGAAGCCGCCUUUGUUACCCCUACAAUAUUGACUCCUGUGGAUUUUAUUGCACUUGAUACCCAGCGAUGCUAUGAUGAUGUGAACGCUCUGCCUUGUGAGAAACAACUACAGGUUACCAGCCACCAGCCUGACGAUGAUUCUGGUUCUGUUGAACGCUCCAGGACCCAACAGAACCAGAACCGUAGGAACAGUGGCUGCUGCUGCUGCUCUGUGGGGGAGAGAGAGGAGAGCAGCACUAACCUGAGGACCUCUGUGCUCCCCCUCUACCUCCUCUCCUGUCCAUCCUUCACCUCCCUGCUGUCUGCCCGCAUCACCAGAGCCCUGGGAGAGGAGGACAGGAGGCCCAGCGGACUCAGAGAUCUUCCCAGCCAGGAAGGCACCGAUCUGGGCAGCCCCAGCCCAAGUCCCAGCCCCUCCUCUGGAGACGGAUACUUUGAGAUGGGUCUGGGGGAGGUAGAGAAGGAGAGGGAGGGAGAGGAGGGGUCCCUGACUGACAAGGUGGAGGUAAAGGGAGAGAACCAGGCCCCAGAGACAGAGGUGUUACGUGUGACCAGAGUCAUGUGGUGCCACUGCAUCAGGGUUGGUGACGUGGUGGAGCAGAGGUCGGUGUGUGUGGUGCUAACAGAUAGUCUGCUGGUGUUGUUCCACUGUCCUAGUCAGCCCUCCACAGCGCCGACCCAUCAGCCCCAGAGCCAGCCUCAACACCUUGGCUCCGUCACAGACCAGACCCAGGGCCUGACCCUACAGGUCCUAGCAGAUAGCCUGGAGCCAGACCUUGUCCUUCCCUACGACCAGCUAGAUUCUCUCCUCUUCGACAUCCCAGACACUUGCCUUUCCCUGAGGGUGAGGUCCUCGGACGUCCGCUGGUACCUCUUCUCAGACCCCCAGGGUUUAAAGGAGACCCACUCCCUGCUCUGCUCCCUGGCCAAGCUCCCCUCCUCCUCCCCGUCAGGAGGUCCAUCCUCCCCCCAGCAGCUCCUCCAACUGCUCUUCACCUCCUGGGAGUUUGAGGAGAACCAGGACUGUGUGAAUGGAGGUUAUGCAGCACAUCUAGUGGAGACUGCCAUGUUGGCUCCCCAGACCAGACAGACCAGCCAGCAGACAACCUCCUCCACCAACCCAACUUCCACUCCUAUGAAGACCUCCACCCUCCAAACUCCAACCAACCCCCUUCUCUCUGACAUCCUAUCCCACGUAGUUCCAGGGGGGGAAAGUGGGGACUCCUCCUGCUGUGUCCCCUGUGUCCUGUUCCUGACCCAGCGCCAUCUCUGUGUGCUGAAGGUGGACUUCAAAGCUCUGGCCCGGGGAACCGCCAGAGAGGAACCAUCAGACAACCACAAUCAGAGGCUCCGCUCCUGCACCAGGCUCACCCGCAUCCCCCUGGCCUCCGUGCUGCCCCACCCCAGGCUGAGUGCCCUGUAUGGGGCUGGUGCAGGGUCUAUCCCUGCCUACUCUCCCCGCUGCCCCCUGCCCUGGCACCACCCCUACCCCAGAGACAGCCAUGUAAUGGAGCUCCUAGCAGGACAAGAGAGGGUCACGGCGGUGUUCCCCUUGCCUCACGACAGGCUCCGCUUCCAGAGACAGUUCACCCUGCUGCGCUCCGGCCUCAGAGACAUUAAGACUGUGGCUUUCCUGCAGGGUGGGAAGGAACACAGCCACAGUGACAGGACGAUAAACAUAUCCACUCCCAAUAAGACGAAGAGCACAGACAGGCUGCAGGUUAACAGCCCUCGGGGUGUUCAGCGUCCUCGGCCGUCCCUGUCCCUGUCCUGCCCUACAGACAUCCUGGUGGAGAAGCUGACAGGAGACAACCAGGUCCCAUCCCACCUGUCCCUGUCCCCAGCCCUGUCCCUCCUUUCUGGGCUCAGGGGACACCAGCUGCUGGGGUUCUUCCACACAAACAUUGCGGAGGAAGAGGAGGAGGAGCUACAGCACAUCCUGUGGUCAUCGGUGGUUUUUUAUAAGUCACCUGACGUCGAGGCCACUUCCUGUGUCAUGCUCUCUACCAAAGCCCUCUACUUCCUGCUGGACGACUCUGCCUCCACGCUCAACGACCAAUCACUACUGUGGGACUGGAGCCAAUCUGAGCAUCAGGACCCAGAGCUGAUCAUGUCUUACUGUUUCACCAUGAAGCUCAACGACCUCCAGUCUGUCAACGUGGGCCUGUUCGACCAGUACUUCAGGGUGGUGGGACCGUCAGCAGAUCACAUCAUCUGCUGUCUGACGAGGGACAGUUACGGGACACACCGCUUCCUGCAGCAGCUGAUGACGGUCCUCUCUCUACAGGACAAACUACCCUCUCCUGAACCCUCCGAACAAGACUUCUACACACAGUUUGGAAAAAAAUCCACAGGGAAGAUGCAGAACUAUGAACUGGUCCACUCUAGCAGGGUAAAGUUCAUCUACCCCAGUGAAGAGGAGAUUGGAGACCUGACCUUCAUCGUAGCCGAGAGGAAAGGUUAUACUGGGGCGUCCUCCUGUAAUAUCCUGCUCUAUGUACUGGUGUUCCAGGUGCAGACCCAGGGGCCAGGUGGCUCACAGGGCCUCCGUGUGCUCCCACAGACCCAGGGGCCAGGUGUCUCACAGGGCCUCAAUGUGCUCCCACAGACCCAGGCCCCAGCUGCAGACAGACAGACUUCCGCUGGGGGUCUGCAGGGGGACAGAAAGUCUCUCCACCACCUCCGCCCCCAGAGCCCGGUCUCUGCUAGCCAGCCCCGUCUUCACCCCCAGGCUCCAGCCCAAGUCCCCUCCAUCGGGCCCCACAUCCCCCAGCAGAGCCUCCCUCCCCAGGCCCCGGACCCCUCCACCCCCAGUCCUGUCCUCCAUCCUAAGACCCUGAUCCUGACCAGUACAGACGUCUUCCUGCUGGAUGAGGAUUACAUCAGCUACCCGCUGCCGGACUUUGCCAAGGAGCCCCCUCCCCGAGACAAGUACCAACUGACCGACGCUCGACGAAUAAGAGACCUGGAUAGAGUCCUCAUGGGUUACCAGACGUACCCGCAGGCGCUGACGUUAGUGUUCGACGAUGUCCCUGGGCCAGACCUCCUCUGUCAACUCACCAUGGACCACUUUGGAGAAGAGGAGGUGGAAGGAGGAGGGGAGAGGGGGAGAUGUGGUAGUGGGGGAGCAGAGAGCGAGGUGCUGUGGUGUGUCUAUGUCCCCGGAGCGGACAGCAGGGAGAGGCUGAUAUGUCUGUUAGCGAGACAGUGGGAAGUGCUAUGUAGUAGGGAACUGCCUGUAGAACUCACUGGCUGACUGGUUCUUCUGCCGGUAGAACUCACUGGCUGACUGGUUCUUCUGCCUGUAGAACUCACUGGCUGACUGGUUCUUCUGCCCUGUAGAACUCACUGGCUGA